GAGAGAGCUGUGUGGGAGGGAGGACUUCUCGGCAGGACACAUUAAGUUUGGUCUCUCUUGGUGACGACACCUGACGGAAAGGUUCGAGUCUUGACGAGUUCGCUAAGUCCACUGAGAUAGUUUCCAUCUCCUGGUUGAGGGUCUGAGCUCCUGGUCUGAGCUCCUGGUGGGUAGUGUUUCACCUGGCCGUGGAGCUGAAUGUGUGUUGUCUCUCAGACCGUUCACCACUGAAUCCCACUUGCUGCCAUGGAAUGCUUGAAAAACUGCUGCAAGAUUGUCCUGAAGAAGCGCAAGGAGCAAGAGACUCAAGAAGUGAUCAAGGUGAAGAUGCCUCCUGCCCCAGGACUGUCUCCAGCUGAUGGGAAGAGGACAGUCGGCGUGUCAGAAGACUACCUCCUCUCCAAACUCCCCUCCGAUGGGAGAGAAGUGCCGUUUGUCCUGCCCACCUUCAAGCCCUCAUAUAUCCAGCCCAGAGGCUCCCGCUUCCCCAAUUUACAGUCCGGCUUACAGAGCUCGGCUCGGAGCACGUAUGCGGAGAGGAAGGCAGAACUUUGUGGAACCUGCCACAUAAUCUACAACCCCCAGUCCAGCUUAUACCAUGCACAGAAGGCCCAGUACGUUUCCCCCGGUUCUGCCCGUCGUGACACGCUGAAAACUAGGAGCUUCAGCCCGCAAAGUCCAGAAUUCAGAUCCCAGCCUGCAGGGAAUCCAAGACUGAGCAGCUCCAUGUUUGACUUGUCCAGCCCUCAAAGCCACAUGCAGCGCUUCGACUCUAUGUCCAGCGUCCAGAGCAGUGCGUCCUCCAUGAUGAGCUCCAUUGAAAGCAGCCUCGACUCCAUCACCCUGUCUGGGGACGAGCGUGACUUGGGGAAGGUGUGUGUCCGAGUCAGCUACCAGGAGGCCCUGGAGCAGGUGUGGAUCACCCUGGUCAAGUGUUCAGACCUGAACGUCCCCGUGGAUGUCGGACAGCAGCAACAGAUUGGAUUUAAAGGAAUCAUAACCACGGGCAAGCCGAUACACUUCAAGAGCUCCAUCAAGGAGUGGUGUCAGGAUGUGGUCUUCAUGGAGACCUUUGUCUUCCCCUUGCAUCUGAAGCCGCUGCGCUGUAGUGCGCUGGUGUUGCGGCUACAGGCGCACACCCCGCGGAAGCGCACGGUGGCGGAGUGCGUCCUGUCCUUACGACAGCUGGGUCCUCAGGAGACGGAGCACUGGCUGGAUCUUGGAUUGUUGUCCAAAACCUCGGUGUGCCACUCUGAGCUGCAUUUAGCCACUUGCUUUCAGCCCGUCAACGGACGCAUCCAGCUCCAGGUCCUCACAGCCCAAAACCUUCCUGCAUCCUCCACACCACUCACCCAGGCCUUUUUCAUUCAGGCUGAGAUGCACCAGCUUGGACGAGUGGCAAUGAAAAAGAAGACCAGAGCGCUGAAGGCCACGGGGGGUCAGUGCCAGUGGGUGGAGACUUUCCAUUUCCUCCUGCCAGCCUUAGACCACGCCUCCUCGCUGUUAGUCAAACUCUACAGUCGCAGCUCUGUCAGGAGAAAACAGUGUCUUGGACAGGUUCAGCUUGGAUUUGAUAGCCCUGUGCUUGAGGCUGUGGAGCAGUGGAGGGAUACCAUGGCUCACCCUGAGAAAAUCGUGGCCAGAUGGCACCGGCUGAGCGGCUCCUAAAUGAACCCCCGGAAAACCGCCCCCUCGUCGAGAGAGGUUCUUCCACAAGUCAACUUAAUGCACUUCUGUGUCAGGUCACACCGGGCCUGCUUUCUAGUUGGCUGGGCCGAGUCCUCUAUGGCUAGAAGCUGUAGGCCGGUCAUGCCCGGUGAAAGGGAUGUGUAACGUACUGUACAUUCCCUGCUUCUGCCAGGAUACCGAAUGGAUUUCCGUUAAGUUAGAUGAGAUGAUCAUUUUUAUCACUAGUAGUGUAGGUAGUGUUGAACACAUGAGCUGAAACAGCUUUUUAUGUAUUUUUUGUGUGUUUCAGUAGAUGUGACACUUGAAGAAACCAGCGGGACAUACAGUAGUAGUUAAACCAACAAAAGUGUAGAUGUAUGGGGCGUCCGGGUAGCAUAGCGGUCUAUUCCAUUGCCUACCAACGAGGGGAUCCCGGUUCGAAUCCCCGUGUUACCUCCAGCUUGGUCGGGCGUCCCUACAGACACAACUGGCCGUGUCUGAGGGCGGCGAGCCGGAUGUGGGUAUGCAUCCUGGUCGCUGCACUAGCGCCUCCUCUGGUCGGUCAGGGCGCCUGAUUGGGAGGGAGGAGGAAACUGGGGGGGAAUAGCGUGAUCCUCCCACGCGCUACGUCCCCCUGGCGAAACUCCUCACUGUCAGGUGAAAAGAAGCAGCUGGCGACUCCACGUGUAUGGGAGGAGGCGUGUGGUAGUCUGCAGCCCUCCCCGGAUCGACAGAGGGGGCGGAGCAGCGACCGGGACGGCUCAGAAGAGUGGGGUAAUUGGCUAAGUACAAUUGGGAGGAAAAUGGGGAACCCCCCCCCCCAAAAAAAAAGUGUAGAUCUAUAUAUAGUGUUUUGCUGUAUAUAUUAUUUUGGUUUUUAUCUGUAGCAUUGUGUACACUAUAGCUUUUGUGCCAUAAUUGUUACUUGUCUGAAUUAAAAAUCGUAGGGCCAGUGUAGUAAA